CAUUAAAAGUCUUGCUUGCCUGCCAGCGUGCAAAAUACAAGAGAGGAACGUAGAGGCAGGUCCUGUCUCACCCUACCUGCCUCCCCCCUGACCUGUCAGGCUACCUUGACCUUCUGGAUGCUCAGGGUCAGCAACACGCAAGGUUCCAGGUGUGCGUUCUAUCCAGAUCUGUAGGAUACUACUCGUGCAGUGAUAUCCCUGGAUCUUUUUCUAACCCAAAAGUGGAAAAUCUUCAAAUCUCAGCUUCAGCACUGGAAAAUACCUGGAUGCCUACUUGUCAAACACGCAUGGUCAAGAGAAGGAAAGCAUUCUUCACCGAGUUACAGCUUGGCAUGUCCGGUGGUUUUGGAUAGCCAGCAGAAGACAUCUGGGUCGCAAAUACUCUUAAGAGAAGAAUUUUCAUAUUUACUGAUUCUUUUUUAAAGGAUUAAAGAAAUGCCUAAUUCUCCCGACCAUCUACAAUGUUGUUGGACAUUGAUAAAGAUGACAAAAAGAUUCUGAACGAAGGUUAAGAGUGCAUUUUUGUAUGGUUGUACAUAUGCAUCCAUCGGAACAGGAAUGAACCGUUGAUGUAAUUUGAUAAAAGACUGGUUAUUUCAGCUCUAAUGUGACUUCUUCCAAUCCAGCCGGACACAGCAAUAUUAACAAAAGGCAACAGAAUAAUUGAGUAAUAUCCAUUCUGAGAAUACAGAGAAACUUGCAUCACCUGUUGUUUUUCCAUCUUUUCAUUUGACGAAUGCGACAAACAUUCUUGUACAAACUAGGACUUAAAUGGGCAAGGGAGAUGCCGUGAACUAUCAAACAAAUUCGUACAAUGAUUUCCCUUAACAUUGAGAUCUAUUAAAACCAGCCCUGGAGGUUUCAGCUCUAUUGGAUUUGUUGCAAAUUUGACCCUCACUGGUGUCCUCCCAUGCUUUGCCACUGUUAAGGUAGACUGAUGGAGAACCUCUGUAAAUCCACAUCAUGGCUACGGGAAGAGCUGGACUCUUCAUCUCAAAACAUUCGUGUUCUGGACUGUCGAAGUAGGGAGCUCUAUGACUCUUCACACGUGGAGAAAGCUUUGCACGUGGCCCUACCUGGAUUAAUGCUACGAAGGUUGCGUAAGGGAAACUUCUCUGCCCAUUCGCUUCUUCCCGGAUCUCCUCCAGCUGUAAGAGAAGUGGCCAUUCUCUAUGACGAGUGCACCGCCAGCCUUUCGGGGUGCAUGGGAAGUCAAGGAGAGGAUCAGGAGCCAAUUCUUGUUACUUUGUUGCACAAGUUAAGGAAAGAAGGAUGCCAAGCCUACUAUCUACAGGGUGGCUUCAGCAAGUUUCAGGCUGAAUUUCCUCACCACUGUGAAACCAACUUGGAUUCUAUCAGCUGUGCUAGCAGUUCUCCUCUUCCGCCAACCCCCGUACUAGGACUAGGUGGCCUCUGCAUUGCUUCGGAUUGUUCGGACGUUGAGUCGGAUCUCGACAGGGAGCCUCUAAGUGGUGUGGAUUCUGAAGGAAUGAGUCCACGCAACCAGCCCUCAUCAUUUCCAGUACAAAUCCUGCCAUACCUUUAUCUGGGCAGUGCAAGGGAUUCUGGCAAUAUGGACACUUUAGCUAAACUCGGCAUCCGUUACAUCCUCAAUGUCACCCCGAACCUGCCCAAUAUUUUUGAGAAAGAAGGAGAGUUCCACUAUAAGCAGAUCCCUAUAUCUGACCAUUGGAGUCAAAACUUGUCGCAAUUUUUCCCUGAAGCUAUUGAAUUUAUUGAUGAGGCGGCCUCUCAUAACUGCGGGGUACUUGUCCAUUGCUUGGCUGGCAUUAGCCGAUCUGUCACGGUUACCGUUGCCUACCUCAUGCAGAAGCUAAACUUGUCCUUAAAUGAUGCCUACGACUUUGUGAAGCGUAAAAAGACCAACAUCUCUCCCAAUUUCAACUUCAUGGGUCAGUUGCUGGACUUCGAGAAAAGUCUGGGUCUCAGUAGCCCGGAUGACAAUCGGCCUCCUAGCCACUCCUUCUUCACCAGCCCUUCCAGUGAUGAUGUCUUUGAGCUGGACUCUUUGGACUCCACGUAGGACAAUGGAGAUAUAUUUCAUGUUAUUACUGAUUCAUUUUGGAUAUUCCCUUCAUUCCAAUCUCGGUUUAAACCACUCGGAUAAUGGGAAUCAUCGAGUCAGCAGUGUUAAACGGAAACUGCCGGCACUCCCGCUGCAGAUUGUAUUCAACUAAUGGUAUCUGCACGGUCACUUUUGGGGUCUCCGAGCCUACAUUUCAGUGACUGAAAUAAGCAGAACCUGCAAAGUAUUUUCAAAAUAAUUUUGGAUGGACAUUAAACUGGCAUAAAAUGCUGUAUACCCAUAAUAAUGGCAAGUACACAUAACUCAUUGCCUACUACAACUAUUGGAUAUGGAUGAUGUGAGUCUGUUCAAGGAAUACAGAACAUUAUCCUUUCUUUAGAAUGUGGAAUUACACACAAUUUUCUUGCACCAAAGCAUUCAAACCGAAAGUUGACCUUACAAACAAAAAAAAUAUAUAUAAUUUUUAUUAUGUUGCACAGGAACAGUGAGCUUUUGCUAAGGUUAAAAUGCAGUCAGUUUGCAAUUACAGCAUCGUUCUCUCUUACAGCAUUAAAUGGGUUAGUAUCUGAUUCAUUGUAAUUGUAUUUUUGCGGAAUUGCAUAACAGAGGCAGCAGAUGCUCUAAACGAAGUAUUCUCUGUUGAGAAUACACAAUUUAAACCAGGAAAGCACCAUGUUUCUAUGAAACGGAUCACGACAACGACUGACUCACUUGUUUUGUUUGAGUGGAGGCCAGAAGAUUAAAAAUGAAAGUGGCUGUAGAAAGGAAGAAUUCAGCUAAAUCGAGUACAUUUACUGGAACCAGCCUCCAUGCACAGGGUGAUUCAGACCAGCCCAGGCACGAUAAGAAUACACAAAGCCAUGCGUUCCACUUCUGAAAUUUGUACAGUGUUUCUGUUAUGAUAUUUUUACUAGCUCGGCAUUCAAACUUUGAAUCCCACAAAACAACUCUGUGGCCAUCGCCAUAGGGCAAUUUUCUUUUUUUAAUAAUGCCACUCUUUCUCAGGCCCAGGGGCAAUAACAAGUUAAAAUAAAAAAAAUAAAAAUACAACUCAAAACUCAGGAUUUCAUUUGGCAUCUAAAGAUCCUUCUUUCUCACAGCCGGUGCUCUUGUAGCCACAGAUAUUUUGCACGGGGACAGAGCACUUGGUUUUAUCUCUUCUGUAGUGGGAGGCAAGGUUCAUUAUGUUCUAGAGUGAUCGAUACCCUUAAGGUAGAAGGUUUCAUGCCAUUAUUAGAUACCUUUGAAAGCUGGCACUACCAUACCGAGCUGUUAGUUUAAGUAUCGCGUCUAGAAAGUAGCUCUGUUGGCAUCCUUGAAGUUCCAUGUCAAUGUUUAACAACAGCCAAAGAGCCACCGGUUGGCCAAGUCCGCACGCAAAGCUACAGAUAAAAUGGAUUAGUAUUUAUUUAGGCAGGAAUUUAUAUCCGAAGCAGUUGACCAAAUAGGCCAGUACUUCUUUUCCUAAAAUGCCUUAAAGCAGUUGUGAAGUAUCCCCGUGAUAUGCUACUAAGAUUUCAUUCCUGUCUUCAAAACUAUUUUAGUAAAUAUUUACGAGGGUGGAGAAAAAUGUAAAUGAUGUCAUUGGUCAGAGCGAAAUGUUUUAGGUAAUGACUGAAGAUGUUACUUUAGUCUACAGUUGGUACCUAAAAUAUAAAACCAGGCGUCUUAGUCAAAUGCUAAGAUCUAUUGUUUACUGUAACACUUUGCCGUGUGGUGUAGUAUUGGACGACUGCAGCCCUGUGUAUAUACAGCUCUAUAGAUACAUGAGAGCAGAUGUGUUCCCUUUUUCUGGUAACCUCAUAUUUCUUAAAUAGGAGGCCACAAACAUAAGAAAUGUGGCUGGAUGAACAAUAACUGGUGUAGGUUUAAGGGGUUGGAUGUAUGGUGGAGAAAGGCAGUAAGCAUGCAACCAUUCUCCUAUGCCUGUAGGUAAAAACUAACAAUUUCUCAUGGAUUCCCAAUAAAUAUCCCCCAAACAUAUUAUUUACUGUGUAUGGAUUACACCAAUCCAGAUGUCUAGUAUAUACGGCAUAUGUAAAACAGGGUUUGCACAUUUAUUAACCCAUGGCGUAUGCUUAUAAGGAUUUUUAAAAUUUAGCAUUGUUCAAUGCCCUUUAUUGAGAUAAAUAAAUGCUAAAAAAUAUCACUAUACCUUUAAUGUUGAAUUAAAAAAAACAAAAUGUUAUUACACAUACAAUAAUGGCCGGAUAUAUUUUUAAUUCCAAGUUGGUCAGCCGGAGAGGUGCUAGGGGGUGCAGUGAAGACAACUAGCUAGCUAAUAGACAAUACGAACAAACAAAAUUAAGCCCUGCACUCAAACACCCACUACCCCUGGGCGGCAGCAAUGACUAUAGUACACAUAACACCCAAUACAUACAAUAAAAACCAAAAAAAUAUAUACUUGCGCGCUACCCCAAAUCUCUAUGAAUAUUUAAAAAAAAAAACUGGAGGUUUAUUGUAUUCAGAAUAAAAUGUAUAUUGAUAGUAAGCUGGCAUUCAAAGUUAUGAUAUUUUUGGCCCUUGUGUCUCAGUAGAAUUCCAACAUCUUGUGGCUCUGCAGUUAGCAAGUUAUUGCAUAUUAGUAACUAUGGAGGACGUUUGACAGUCUUUGUCAAACGCACAGUAGUCAAACAGAUUAAAGAGACUCUGUUACCCAAAUAGUGUUUAGACUUUGUAAAAACAAAUUCAUGGUGAUAUUAGAAUCAGUAUAGUCUACAAAUUAAGAAGAAAAGCAGUUUUUAAUUGGCUGUCACUUUUUGUCAUCACCGUCAGUAUACUAUGCAAAUUUACAUUUAAUUUUGUAAAGUAUAUUUUUCGUGUAUAGUUGUACUUAAGACUUUGCAGCUUGCAUUACUCCCCAACUGUGAGGCUACGUCUGCUUAUCACAGCUACAUCCCACACGUUAGCAGCACUGUCAGUCAGCCUAGUGCAAAUGCGUCCCAGACCUGUCUAAUUGAGUGGGGCGUUUCUUGUUAUCGUCCCAGUCAUAUAAUGUUCCUGUCCAGUUUCAUCCCAAUUACAUACCUCCCACCCUCUAUGCAUUAUAAUAGAGGUAAAUUGCAAUGAGCUAGGAGGACCCUGUCCAGUGUAGCUUUUAGUCUGAUUAUUUAUUUUCAUAUAACGUUCCCGAAAUUAAUCAAAGUGGGAUUUUUUUUUUUAAUGUGUUAUGCACUUAAUUGCUUUGCUGCUAAAAUGGUAUAAAUACCGCUCUCAGACUAGUAACUAAAUCCACUUACUUACAGAACUGCAGUUACUAGAUUAGUAAUCACGGGCAACUAACAAGGGGAUUGAAACAUGUGGACAAAUCAAAUGAGCUGCAAAAAGCUGAAUUAGAAAAUGCUUCUAAUUUUGUUAUGUUGGCUAAUGUUUUUAUGUUGCGUGGUCCAUUCUCUGCUGUUCCAAGAUUACUUAAUG